AUGGCUAUAUGGGCUUUUGCCUAUAUGAGCAGGGGCAGUACCCAUCAAAAGGAAGGAAAAGGUGUUUUAAAGAAUCAAGAACUAUUCAAAUCCAAACAGCAAAGAUACAAAGGAUUGCGUACUGGAAGUGGGCCUUCUUUGUUCCCCCAUGAAUGCCCUUUAAAUCCACCCACCUCCGGUCAGCUUAAUUCCACAGAACAAAAACACAACACAAUGAACCCCCACCACCACCACCGCCCCCACCACCAACUGUUACUCCAACAAAUCCCGUUCAUGCAAAGACCCGACCCGUUCAUCCUCAAACCCACCCACCCAUUCCCUCUUCAAAACGAAUUUCUUCCUCAAUUCUUCUACCACCAACCACCACUCUUCGCUUCCCCUCACUCGCUCUCUCGGGUCUCAACCCAAACCCCACCCGACCCACCGACCCCUGCACCCGUUUCUCCCCGCACGUCAUGGAGUACUUCUUUGGUCCCGCAGACUAAUGAAGCUGAAAACCCACCGGUUCUAGAAGGAAUCGCCGCCGUUGUCGGCCAACACGUGCUCUUUGGGAGCAAUGCGAAACCGGGUCCUGACCCGGCCACGCAUCGGGCAGGGCCGGGCCAGCAAGGGGUCCAGGUGCAGAGGAGCUACAGGGGGGUGAGGAAGCGGCCGUGGGGCCGGUGGUCGGCGGAGAUACGCGACCGGGUAGGGCGGUGCCGCCACUGGCUCGGCACGUUCGACACGGCGGAGGAGGCGGCGCGCGCCUACGACUCGGCGGCGAGGCGGCUGAGGGGGUCCAAGGCGCGCACCAACUUCGAGAUCGUGGUGCCGACGUUCUCGCCGGGUACUUCUCCUCCGACUUCUUCGUCCGGGGCGGAGAAGAAGAACAAGAAGCAGAGGACGGCGGUGAAUAACGGGAAGCCCUGCGUGGUGACCUCUGUUGCUCAGCUUUUCAGUUCAAAUGGUCCUGGUGGUAUUGGCAAGGUUAAUAAUGUGGAGCUGGACUUGAAGCUUGGAGCUGUUGAUUUCAGUGGUGAAGUUAGUGAUGCAUUCUGCUAG